AUGUAUCAACAAACAGCCACGGCCGAGCCGGAUCCGAGCACAGGAUUUGGCUUCAAUCAGGCUCAACCUCCACCAGAGGCCCCAGACUGGGCCCCAGGAUUGGAUCCCCAAGAUCAACAAGCUCUUUAUGAAGCAAGAGAAGACCAUGACGCCAUUGUCGAAGAGAUCCCAUCAGAGAAAGACAGUCUGGGUCGCUUCUCGGUACUCUGCCUGAUAUUCAACCGCAUGAUCGGAUCUGGAAUCUUCAACGCUUCGUCGCAGAUUUUCUACAAUACCCAGAGUGUUGCCGUUACCCUACUGCUGUGGCUUUUCGGUGUUGCUGUCGCCUUAUCGGGUAUCAUUCUCUAUAUCGAGUUGGGCUUGACAGUCCCAAGGUGGCAGAGACCGGAUGGUACAAAGAUUUCAACCCCAAGAAGUGGAGGUGAACUGCCCUAUUUGAACUACUUCCUCAAACUUCCUCGGUUUCUGGCCACAUGUCUGUUCGGAGUAUCCUUCCUUGUCUUUGGCAACACGGCGACCAACUCGAUUGCUUUUGCUGCUGCCGUCCUUCAGGCAUCAGACACCAGCCAAACAGCCGGCCGAAUGGUGGCCAUUGCUCUGGCUGUCAAUACCUUCUCUUGUCUACUCCACAGCAUGUCUCGAAAAUGGGGUAUCCGUCUCAACAACGUUUUAGGCUCUCUUAAAGUGACUAUGCUUGUCAUCAUGGUCAUCUUUGGACUUCGUUGGCUAAAUCUGGAUGUGGCAAGAGACAACUUUGAUUCGAGCACAUCCUUGAAGAGAGCCGAUAACACUCAAUGGGGAGUUUACAAGUAUGCAGAGGCAAUGAUCUACGCAAUUUUCCCUUUUGGCGGAUUUCAUCAGGCCAACUACGUUCUGGCUGAGAUCAAGGCACCGCACAAGAACUUUGCCCGAACAUCGGGUUACGGAGUGCUGUUUAUUUGCUGCCUCUUUAUGACCAUCACCAUUCUCUAUGCCGCCAACAUCCCCAAAGCAGACCUCUUCACAGCUGACCUCGACAUUGCCUUCAAUUUCUUCAAGCGCACCGUCGGGUCUGGCGUUGCUGAAAGCAAAAUCAAGGCCGCCUGCGGCUCGCUCCGCGCCCUAUCUGCUAUCGGGAACGUCAUUGUUUUCACUUUCACCGCCGCCCGUGUCAAGCAAGAAGUUGCCAAGGAAGGUGUUCUCCCUGGCAGCAUUUAUCUUGCUUCUUCCUAUGAGUUCACCUUUCGCCAUGGGUUCAGACGCAUCCCAGACCAUCAAGCCGGUGGGUUCUUGCAUACGGAAAAGUCACCCGCUGCAGCUUUGGCGUUGCACUGGACUGUUACUUCUGUUCUAAUCCUUGCCGCCAUGUUGUCGACUGACAGUGUGGUGUUCUCGCAUCUACCGGGUUAUUCGCUUCUGUUGAUGGCGUAUGCUUACGGCCUGGAUGUGAUUUGGUUUUCGUGUAUUGGGGUGGGGAUGCUGUAUCUUCGUUUGUGGCCUGGAUCAAACUGGCGGUACAAGUCCCCCAUUCCGCAUGUCGUGGGGGUCAUUGCGGCGGUCAUCUUUACUGUUACCAACAUUGUGCCGCUUGUCAUGAUUUGGGUCUAUGAUCCUGCGCAGAGAUAUAUUGCUCACUCGAGUGACAGGGUGGAUUGGUUUGCGCCGCAGAUGACUGCCAUGGCAGUAUUAGUAGCGGCGGCACUCUACUGGGUUGGCUUUAGGGUUUGGCUGUGGCAAAAGAGGGUGAGAGAGGGAGUUGUGUGGGAGGUGGUGAGGACGCCUAUCUUUUGGGCUGGAUCACAAGGGCAAGGUCAAGCUCAGCAGCAAGGGGGUGCUCAGGGGCAGCCGCAGCUGGUGCAGAUUUAUGAGAUCAUUCGGUUCAAGUGGAGGGUUUGGACUGGGGAUGAGGAAGAGGGUCGGGGGUCCGGGAAGCCGGAGGGACCGCAGCAGGGAGGGUUCUGGGAGGGGGAGGUGCCAGUGGAUGAUAGUUAUGGGAAUGGGGGUGGAGGGUAUGCUACUGGGAACAACUAUGGGAGUGGGAGUGGGAACGUGCUGAACCAGAACCAACAACAGGGGUAUCAGGGUCACGGGCAGAAGUAUUAAGGGCAUUUCAGAGGCUUUUGUUUUGGUUAUAUUUUCUGUUUCAAGCAAAUGUUGAGCUGCAUAUGAAUCGGUGCCUCUCCUUACUCUUGUUAUGCACACCCGCCUGCUGUCAGUGUCGCUGUCCCCUCUUCAUAAGAGAGAACAGUCAACACAUUCAGGCCUGUGACUCACUAUUACGACGAGGACGCAAGCUAUUGAACAAUUGAUAUAUCACCCCAUUUCUCGCCUCUA